CUGCUAGCAAUAAAUCCUGAAAAAAUUCAGGGUUUAUGGAAGAAGACGGGCACAUAUCGCGAAAAACCUCAUGUAGUAUACGGCGGACGGUAUUUACUCGUGAUAGGAUCAGCUGAACGGUACUUCUUCAGCAGUACGAUACCAGCUCUUAACAAAGCUGACCACUCUUAUUUUGUUGGUGCUCAGUUGGAUUAUCAAUGGAUUCCUAUCGACGACAUGCAAGACGAGCUUCAAAUCGACAUUGCAAUGCCGAGGUCGAAUCUAUCCAUCAACAGCCUUGUCUAUUUCAUCUUCCUGAACUACACUCUCGAUUAUCACAGCUUCGUUGAGGCUGAAGUGACACUAUAUGGUUCGUUGCCGCUAUCGAAUUCCACUUCAUCAGUGACAAUUUUUGGAAGAUUGGCGGCUGACCAAAAACUACCAUUCAGAUGGAGAGAAAACUACAGAAUGUUCGAACCAAAUCAUCGGGACAUAGAGCAUUACUCUCCAACGGAAUUACGCGCAGAAUCAUAG